CUGCACGGUGAGAAGGACAACAUGACUCUGCUGAUGUGAGCUGUUCAGACACAGGUACCCCCAUCUUCCUGAAGAAUCUCCAAGGACUGGGUGACCACUGUGCAUGGAGAGGACCCACAGGGAGGUGCUAAUGGUCCGGCUGAGAGGAAAGGAGACCCUGUUGAGGAGGCUCUGACCUGGAAGGACAUGCUCUGGGUCACCUCGCCUGCAAGGGGCAUCUCAGGAGGCUGCAGAUCAAUUUCCUGCUUGAUCCUGGAAACAACACUCAGGCUUCUGGGAAGACACUGUUCCUCUCCUUGUGGGGCUGCUGAUGUGACAUCACCGAGACAAAUAGGGCCAGCCUCCCACUGUCCACACCCAGUCUGUCUCCCUGUUCUGAGGACACCGUGGUCUCUUCCUUCUGCACAGCCAGAACCACAGAGAAGACACCAUGCCCCCCACACUCAGGGCCCUGCUCUGCCUUGGGCUGAGCGUGGGAGUGACGACCCCAGUGCAUGCAGGGACCCUCCCCAAACCCACCCUCUGGGCUGAGCCAGGCCCUGUGAUCCCCUGGGGGAGCCCUGUGACUAUUUGGUGUCAGGGGGUCCUGAAGGCCCAGGAGUUCCAUCUGGAUAAAGAGGGAAGCCGAGGGUCCUGGGACAGACAGAAGCCAUUGGAUCCUGGGAACAAGGCCAAGUUCCCCAUCAUGGAGAUAACAGAGAUCACUGCAGGGAGAUAUCAGUGUUCCUAUGUUAGCCAAGGUGUUUGGUCUGAGCGCAGUGACCCCCUGGAGCUGGUGGCAACAGGAUUCUCCUACUACAGCAAACCCAGCCUCUCAGCCCUGCCCAGCCCUGUCAUAACAUCAGGAGGGAAUGUUACUCUCAGAUGUCACUCAGACAAGAGAUUUGUCAAGUUUGUCCUGACUAAGGAAGGAGAAGACAGGCUCUCCUGGUCCUUGGACUCACAGCGAGACCCCAGUGGGCAGGUCCAGGCCCUGUUUCCUGUGGGCCCCUUGAUACCCAGACAGAGUGGGACUUUCAGAUGCUAUGGCUGCUACAGGCUUAUCCCCCAGGUGUGGUCACCACCCAGUGACCCCCUAGCGCUCGUGGUGUCAGGAGCAGCCGACAUCAUCCGCCCAUCCCACAACAGCUCCAGUAACUCGAGUGACUCCCACCCCCAGGACUACACAGUGGGGAAUCUCAUCCGCAUGGCCGUGGCUCUGCUGGUCCUGCUGGUCCUCGGGGUGCUGCUGUCUCAGGCUCGAGACAGCGAGAGAAUGGCCCAGGCUGCCACCAGGACCUGAACACAGAAGUAAAGGAGCACCAUUCAGAGUGGGAGAGCCUUGGAUUGUGCCCAGAAGGUUCUGGAAGAUAAUAUGGGACACACUGCAUAACAUGUCUGGAGCUCACUGCAGGUGGAGGACUCCUUGCUCAUAUGCAGGACCAUGUCUGGACCCUUCUGCCAUUAAAUCCAACCCAUCUCCUCCCAACCACUGUUGAGUCAUGUGACCUCUUCCUACCCUUUCCCCUUUCCUCUUCCAGUUAAAUUAGGGUUGACCCACAUGGCAUGGUCAUGUCCACACCUCCCUACACUUUCAGAAAACUUGUCCUUCUUUAUGUCUAAUUACACCUGCCUUGGUGUUUGUAUGAAGUGCCCAUCCACUCAGGUCACAGCAUGCAAUCUAUUUUAAUAAAUCAAUGAGCUGGCAUCACAGAGAUUCAGCUCACAAGAGAUAAAUUUAAAAUAAUGCCCUGACACCCUCUCUGAACCCCAGAUGCCUUCACCUGUUCCCAGAUGGCACCUGUGAACUUUCCACAGGAACCUCCUCACAUGGAGUCAAGACUUUUUUCUCUCUACACUUGAGGAUAUUUACAUUGCUUUUUUGGAGAGAUGGAAGAGAGAGAGAGAGAGAAACACUGAUGUGAGAAGCAAGCACUGAUUGGUUGCCUCCCAUAUGUGUCUGGACAGGGGACUGAACUUGCAAUGUAGGUAUGUGCCCUGACUGGGGAUUGGAAACCAGAAACUUUUGGUUAUGGGACGAUGCUCCAACCAACACAACCAUGCCAGCCUGGAGGAAAUCAAGACGUUUUCAUCUGAAGGGAUCACCUGGGAUGCACUGCCAGGGAAAACCCAUUGUUAAAACCACAGGACAGUAUACAGAUAAUGUAUUAGAGAAUCGCACACUUGAAACCUAUAUGAUUCUAUUACUCAUGUCAUCCCAAUGAAUUCCUCUUAAUAUAACACUGGUUCUUGGCAUUUUCUCAUUUCUGGUAUCUAUGGUCCCUUUGUGGUCAACAUCAUGGUGCCCCUGUGAGGUCCUGAUGCAGAGCUGGGAAGUGACUCACAAACAGACUUUCACAGACAGUACAAGCCAGUGUGGGACACCAGUAACAACAGUCUGACAGCCCCAGGAUGCACCUCAGUUGCCUGCCUUUUCAUGUGCAGGGAUUAUUUCUAAUUCAGUGUUGUGGCAGAGUGUCCACAAAAGUACAAGACCCAGUGCAAGUCCCAAUGCACCCAGAUGAGGUUCCAAGAGAAAAAUCCUACCAGCCCUUGUGGGGAGAACAGUGAGCUGACAGAAUUCUAAUGCAUAAAUGUGGGAGUGCAAGUUAGAGUCACCAAUUGGGUGGAUACAUUACACGUAUCCACCCACUUCUGGUGUCACUCUUUGCUAUGAGGAAGUCUGGUCCCAGGGAACUUGUCACUAUGGUGAUGUGCAUGUCCUCUAGGAAGUAAUUUUAGGGCA